AUGCCAAAAGCACCAAGGAACCAAAAUGCUCAUAAUAAUGAUAAAUCUUAUUCCAAAGAAGCACCUACAAAAUCAAAUGAAUCAAUCCCACCAACAUGUGGAAUUUUUAAGUCAAUGUUAAAUUCUAAUUAUGUAUUAGCAUUUUUGAUAGUAAAAAGUGACGAAUCAUUUAUCAUUGUUAAUAUAUUCAAUAUUGAGCUGCGCAUGCCCACGCUUGAAGACAUUUAUAAUAUUGCCGACACAACAAGCAAAACACGAAGUCCCAAUGGAUUUAUUAUUUUUCGUAAAGUAAUUUCUAAUUACUUUAGCUUAAGAGAAACUGCCAAAAAACUUAAAUCAGUUGGUAUAGUUUCAGCUCAUGCGCAGCUUAUGUGGAAAUAUUCCAGUGACGAGCUUCGGGACGCUUUUCAAAAUCUUGCCAAACAAUAUCAAAAGGAAUUUAAUAGCAACGUUGUCGUUUACAAGCCAUACAAGUAUCCCGAAAGUCCUGGGAACAAAGGAGAAAAAAUAAAUGAUGCUGUUGAUGAAACUGAAGCGGUUGAAGAUGUUGCGGCUGAAGAUGUUGCUGAUGAAGCUGAAUCUAGCGCAGGCGCUAAUGACGUUGAAUUACUCGUGGAUAUCCAUAAUAUUAAUAAUCCUAACCACAGCAUCUCACUUUCUCAAUAUGGGGUAGAUUGUUUAUCAUUAUUAGAAGACCAACAACCUUAUUACAAUAAUAAUAACACACAUUCAGUUCCUUCAUCGCAAUAUUGCCAGAUUACUUAUGAUGUAUUAAAUCAACAAAAUCAACAAUGUAUUAAUAUGUUGUAUAAUACAUCAUACAAUAGCAUCCAGGAAGACCAUACCCUAAUUACAACCACCACAAACACUCCACUUGAUUAUAUUGACAUUCCUCAUAUUAAUCCUCCUCGUGGCGCAUUGCAAAUUCAUCGACAUGACGCAGUUUAUGAUUACGAUCAAUAUAACUUCGUUGAGAUUCCGUCCGGAAAACCUUAUCAUGAUUUUACUAAUUAUAUUAAUAAUAACUAUGGUGGUAAUUUAAAUAAUUGGUCGGGAUAG